ACCAAUCAACAAAUAAAAACCACCCCCAAACAAUUGAAAUAGAUUCUUUUUGGAACAAAAGAUUCAGCUGUGGUAAAAAUCCAGGAAGCAUUUGGGAGUGUGAAAAUAAAACCACACCCUCAAGGAAGGAGCCAGUCUUUAUUGAAUGCCAAAAGGAGCCCAGUGUCAGCCUUUCACAGGACUGUCGUGGAGAAGUGAGGAUAGAUGGCGUUCCAGUGUGUGCUAGUAACUGGGAUCUGAGUAACGGGGAUCUAUCCUAUGCACACAGAGUUUGCCAAGAAAAGCUUUGUGGCAAUGCUGUCUUCACUAAACCCAAAGCUCCAUCAAAGGGUUCAGGUAACAUUUACCAUGUCAGCUGUGAAAAGUACCAUUCCAUUCUUGGCCAGUGCAGGAGGACUAAAGGAAAGUGUGACACAAAUGUGGUGUUCAUUACUUGUAGUGAAAGUGUAAAGUUCCGCACCGCUGAAAAACAUGGAGGUGUCCUUGAAGUCAAUUAUCGAGAUAAGUGGGAAAGAGUAUGUCCAUUUAAUCGUUCCCCAGUGUUAGAGACAAAACUCUGUAAAGAAAUUAAUGAGACCCAUAGCGGCUCUACGGAAACAAAACAGGUCAACUUAGAAACAACAUUGGAGUUCACUGAUGAUGCCAUGGACAUCAAGCGUGCUGUCAAACAACGUUCCUGUGGAAGCGCUUUUCCAGCUACAAUCAUUUGCUAUAAACCAGAGCCUACCGCACCACCACCGCCACCACGUUCGCCUAUACCCACAGGACCUGUUAUCGUGGGUGUGAUAUUUCUUCUUGUUGUAGUGAUCUUGAUUUCUUCAUUUAUACGAUUGUAUGUCAGGAGAGUCAGGGAGUCCAGAGCUUUAGCAAGAAUGCUGCCAGGGAAAGAAAUGGAGUUUGAAAGUGGAGAUUAUGAGGACGUCAUGGACAAAGACAAUGAGAUGGAAGACUUCAGUCGUGGCAGAUUCAGAUCUGAGACUGAAUUUGUCUCAGAGAAUGAUGGGCGGAGUGUUUCCUCUUUACCUUAUGAUGAUAUUGAUGAAGCAGAAGAGGCUCGACCCCUGACCUUUCCGGCUACUACUGCUCCUGCUGCCCGAGACAUCAACGUUCAUGAAGACGGGGUGACCUACGAAGUGGAAGAUCCACAGGAGAGUUAUGAUGACAUUGAUACAAUCCCUGAAACUGCACAGACUACAGCAGAGGUCCACGACAGCCCUGAAACACCACAUGACUUAAACACAGCAGCUCCAGGAUUGGUGAAGAGGGAUGAGGACUACCUAGAGCCAGAUCAAGAUGAGUGAGCCAAAUGCAGCUUUAGAAACUACUUAAAAAAAGUCUCACAAAGUGGCUCAUGACAAAAUUAACUGUUCUUUUUCUCUAAUUAAAAAUAAGAGGACAAAAAUAAUU